UUAAAAUUUCGUGAUUUUUUGUUGAAUAAAAUUUUGUAUCGGUGUUAACAACAAAAUAGUGAAAAUAAUGUCGUGUUGUAUAAUUGGAUGUCCUAAUGAAGGAGCGUCAGCAUCAAAAGAUACAACAUAUCACUUGUUUCCGCAUCCAACCAAGGAUGCAACACGAUUUAAGGAAUGGAUUGACGCUUGUAACAAUCCACGUAUUCAAAACCUGGACGCAGUGUCUGUGCACAAAAGAUAUCGUAUUUGUCGUCGUCAUUUUGAUGCUGAUUGUUUGAAUGGAGGCUGUCGUCGGCUAUUGAAUACAGCUGUGCCUACACUUUAUCUAAAUUCAUCUAAAGAUAGCUCGCAAUCGGAGACAGUGAACAGUUUGGAUCCAGUACAAAGUGAAAUAAUUUAUUUACCUAUAGCGGUCAACGAUAGUGACGAGCACUUUGAAUUGAUGUUGACAGAAAACAAAAUAUAUGAUCAACAAAUUUUGAAUACAAAUGCACCAAACAAACGAAAAUCGGAGGAAAACCAACCAUUAAGAACAAGUGGAGAUAAAUAUGGCUAUUUGAGAGAAAUUCAUACUAAACACAAGAUUAAAAAGCUUAAAACCGAACCAGAGGAAGAAGACGACGACGAAGAAGAAAUCAACAAAGAAGAUUCUUCUUUACGUAAUCUCAGUGCAUCUAAUGAGUUAGAAAUGCAAUACGAGCUAUUAGACGUUGAAGACGCCAAAUAUUACAAAGCUCCAUUAACCGAUGAAGCGUUUCAGCAAUGGCGCAAAGAUUUCUAUAAAUGCGAGAAAAAUGUGUUAGCACAAAAUGUCUGUUCGCGCAUCGAUCCAUUCGAGGCCGCAUUAUCGCGUAAAGUUCUCGAGAAUACCCAACAUGUAUUCACUUACAAAGUGGAAUCGGAAGGCAAACCGUUGACGAACCAAAAGAACUCAGGUCGAUGUUGGUUAUUUGCUGCGUUGAAUGCUAUCCGCAUUCCAUUCAUGAAGAACUACAACCUAGAUGAAUUCGAAUUUUCGCAAACUUAUCUCUUUUACUGGGACAAAAUCGAACGAUGCCAUUACUUUUUGAAUAAUAUUAUUGAAACGGCUUCUAAAGGUGAAGAGGUCACCGGUCGUUUAGUUUCAUUUUUGCUGACUGAUCCAACGUGCGAUGGUGGACAAUGGGAUAUGGUGGUGAAUUUGAUCAAAAAGCACGGUUUGAUGCCGAAAAAAUGCUAUCCAGAGACUUAUUGUUCGGAGGCCAGUGUGCGCAUGAAUGCCAUUUUGAAAAGUAAAUUGCGUGAAUAUUCAAAAAUUUUGCGCGAUUUGGUUGUUGCCGGUAGUUCCGAAGAUGAUGUCAAAGCCAAACUCAAUGAACAAAUGCGUGAAAUUUACAAUGUGGUUGGCAUUUGUUUGGGCAUUCCAAAUGAAACAUUCACAUGGGAAUACUAUGACAAGAGUAAAGCUUAUCAUUGCAUCAAAUCAAUUCGACCAAUUGACUUUUACGAGAAACAUGUGAAACCACAUUUUGACGUAGAUAAUAAGGUUUGCAUCGUCACAGAUCCACGGCCAACAAGCACUUAUGGCCAAGCCUAUACCGUUGAAUAUCUAGGAAAUGUUGUGGGAGGUCGGCCGGUAUUGUACAAUAAUCAACCAGUUGAAUUGCUUAUGGAACUAGUGGCCAAUUCACUGAAAAAUGCCGAACCUGUGUGGUUUGGGUGUGAAGUGAGCAAACGGUUUGCGGCGAAGCAAGGCAUCGAAGAUUUGACUGUACACGAUUUCAAAUUGCUUCUGGGUGUUGAUAUCCAGAUUACAUUGUCAAAGGCCGAUCGAAUGAUUUAUGGGGAAUCAAUGAUGACACAUGCAAUGACCUUUACGGCUGUAUCGUGCGACGAUGAUGGAAAAUCAACAAAAUUCCGUGUAGAAAAUUCAUGGGGCGAAGACCGGGGAGAGAAGGGAUAUUUGAUCAUGUCGGCCGAUUGGUUCAAGGAAUUCGUUUUCGAAAUUGUCGUUGACAAGAGCAUCGUACCAAAGGACGUGUUAGAUGUGUUCAAUCAAACGCCAAUCGUUCUUCCAGCUUGGGAUCCGAUGGGAACAUUGGCCAAGUCUUAAAUGAAUUACGCAUGUUUUCUUCUUUCGUUCAACUUUUCUCGUGUGGAUGACAUUUGAUCAUUCAUCGCAAUUGUGACUGUGAGUGCGUGCACCGCAAAUAUCCACCGACAGAAAUGCAACCACAAUAAUCGAAGAAAACGUUUAAAUAUAAAAUCAAACAUAUUCUUAUACUAGAGAUUUCGAUAUUUUUCCAAAUCCAAAUUUUGUUUCACCUAGAACGUCUAGAUUUAUUUUUUUUUUUCUCUCUUAGUUGAUAAAAUCCUUUAAAUGGAUCGUGAAGUGUGAAAAUACAACAACAACAACAAAAUGCCAUCUUAAAUGUUUUUGAAUGAAUAAAAAAUACAUGAUAAAUUUCAAUGUAAC